AUGGCAAAGGAAGCCAAGGUUGGAACUGCUGCAUCUAACUUUGGAAAGAUGUCCAUGGAGGACAUGAUGGCUAAGCUGUUGAAAGGAGUUGAGAAAACCAACACAAGAGUAGCUGAGAAGAAGGCAGAUCCGGGAUCUUUCACUAUUCCUUGCAUGGUUAAAUCUUUAGAUUUUUCUAAGGCUUUGUGUGAUUUGGAGGCUAGCAUUAAUUUGAUGUCGCUAGCCAUUUAUAAACAGUCAGGGUUGGGAGAUCCUACAACAACUAAUAUGCCGCUUGUAAUAGAAGAUAGGUCGGUAAAAUGGCAUAUGGGUAUUCUGUACGAUGUAUUAGUGAAGGAGGUUACCUACAUUUUUCCAGUGGAUUUUGACAUUUUGGAUUGCGAGAUGGACUUUGAGGUGCCCAUCAUUUUGGGUCGACCUUUCCUCGCAAUAAGAAGUAUACUGAUUGAUCUUCGAGCUAAUGAGCUCUUAUUUUGGAUGAAUGAUGAAGUGGAUAUUGAGGAGUAUGAAGAAACUGUCUGUGCUUUGAUAGGAAUGGGGUCAUACUCUUAUUCCCAAAAGAAGCUUAAUCUUGACCUUAAGAAUCGGCCUUCACCAGCGGCGAAGCCAUUCAUUGAAGAGCCACCGGUGUUAGAAUUAACAGAGUUACCCAGUCAUUUAAGACUUGUACGUGAAGAAGAAAUCAAGGACAAGUUAGAUAUUGAUGAUUCCUUUCUGGAUGAGAAGAUACUAGAUGCGAAGCUUAAGCAGAUUUUAUGGUAUGAUGAUUUUGCAAAUUACACGGUAAGUGAGGUGAUGCUGAAUAAUCUUUCCUUUCACCAAAGGAUAAAGUUCCUUCAUGAUGUGACCCAUUAUUUCUCGGAUGAGCCCUAUCUUUUUCGGCGAUGUGCAGAUGGUAUUAUUAGGCACUGUGUCCCAGAAGUAGAAGUGUUGUGUAUUUUGGAAACAUGCCAUGCUUCACCUGUUGGUGGUCAUUAUGCGGGUGAUCAUACCGCUCAGAAAGUAUUGUAG